AUGUCUCUACCAACUACUAUGAAGGCCGUCGUUAUUGAUGGUAAGAAUGCUAUAGUCAAGAGCGGUCUACCUCUGCCAAAUUUACCAAAUGGUUCAGUUAUGAUUAAAACAAUGACUGUCGGUGGUAACCCAACAGAUUGGAAACAUAUUGAGUAUGGUUUAGGACCACAAGGUUCUAUUGAAGGUUGUGAUGUUGCUGGUGAAAUUGUCCAAAUGACUCCAGAUGUCGACAAUUCUAAAUUUCACUUAGGUGAUUUUGUGUAUGGAUUUGUUCAUGGUGCUUCUGUUAGAGCUCCAGAUAAUGGAGCUUACGCAGAGUAUGUGGCUUUAGACUCUAAAUUAGCAUUCACAGCCCCAAAGACUCUAAGUUUCAGCAAGAAAGAAAUUAUUCAACCGGGUGCUAUUACUACCUACGAAGCUGCUGCAUCCAUCCCUUGCGCUUGGACCACUGCAGGUGGCUCUUUAUUCCAUCAUUUCAAUAUGAAGUAUGAUUGGGAAGCAAAAGAACCACAACAUAAAUUCCCGAUUUUAAUUUGGGGUGGUGCCUCUGUCUUGGGUCAAUCUUUGAUUCAACUGGCCAAAAAGUAUCAUGGUUACUCUAAGAUUGUUGUUGUUGCUUCAAAGAAACAUGAGGCUCAAUUGAAAGCUUAUGGUGCCGAUGACGUAUUCGAUUAUCAUGAUAAAGACGUAAUUCAACAGAUCAAAGGUAAGUAUCCAAACAUUCCGCAUCUAUUAGACUUGGUUUCUACAAAGAAUACUUUAGAACAAGUUUACCAAUGUGCUUCAGACUCUGAGGAAUCUACUGUCUUAAACUAUUAUGGUCUUAACAUUGAAAGUAUCAGUGAUGAGAUUAAAAGAGACAAUAUCAAAAUCGUUAAUACUUUUAUUUACUUCUCUCUAGGUUUCGAUUUACCUCUAGGUGGUAAUGUCUUGAAGUAUGAUCCAAAAUACAGAGAAGAUAUUAUAAAGUUUAUCUCAGAAAUUAAUCCAAGACUUUACAAUGGUGAUUUUAUCCACCCACCAAUUAAAGUCUAUAACAAUGGUUUAGAAGAUACUAUUCAAAUAAUGAAGGAUUUGGAAGCUGGUAAGGCCUCUGGUGAAAAGUUUGUGGCUGUAUUCCAUUGA